AUGAAUUUCUCCAUUGCAAACAAUCAACUGAAGCAAUACGAAGUCCAGGGCUUGGUUGACUUUACCCCAGGCUCUGUCACAACAAGGAAAGGAGAUGGCCUCGCCAUGAUCUCCAUCAUUGUUGCCAUUUUUGUCUUCCUGGCUAUUAUCAUCAUUGUGACAGUUCAUUACGGCCCACAGCUACGAACAGUCCAGAUCACUCUUUACCAUGAGCCUAUGCCGCAGGACAUGGAUAAUGGGAUCCACUUAACGGAAUGGAAGAAACUAGAUUCUCAGAGAAAAUGUAACAUGCAAUCUGCUCUGGCUUUGGAGAAUAAUGCUGCUGCUGCUGCUGGCCUAAACAUUCAGUGUGGAAGUGGAGAGCCAAAUGUCAUAGAAAUCACUUACCUAUGA